CUCCACCAGGGCCCCUGUCCCUCGCCUGAGUGCCAUGGAAUCCAUGUUUGAGGACGACAUCAGCAUCUUGACCCAGGAGGCGCUGGGGUCCGGCGAGGUGUGGCUGGACGGGCCGGGGGGCCCUGUGCUGGGCAGUGACAUGUGCUCUGCCUCCCACUUCGCACUCAUCACAGCCUACGGGGACAUCAAGGAGCGGCUGGGGGGGCUGGAGCGGGAGAAUGCUACCCUACGGCGCCGACUCAAGGUGUAUGAGAUCAAGUACCCAGUAAUUGGUGACUUUGGAGAUGAGCACAGCUUCUCCUUGUAUGAGAUUAAGGAGGGCUCCCUGCUGGAGGUGGAGAAAUCCAGUCUACAGCAGCGACUCAAUCAGUUCCAGCAUGAGCUCCAGAAGAACAAGGAGCAAGAAGAACAAUUGGGAGAGAUGAUCCAGGCAUAUGAGAAGCUGUGUGUAGAGAAAAGCGACCUGGAAAAUGAACUGGGGGAAAUGCGGGCUUUGGUAGAGACCCACCUGAGGCAGAUCUGCGGCCUGCAGCAGCAGCUCCGGCAGCACCAGGGGGGUGGGGACAGCAGCUUCCCCUGCCUGAGCCCUCCCGCAGCUCCUGCCCCCUCUGACCCUGACCUUGACCUCCACUACCUGGCACUGCGAGGAGGGCCUGGCCUUGGCCAUGAGCCUUCCCUGGGCUGGCCCAGCCCACCCAGUGUUGGGGAACUGGAGAGGAGGCGGCUGGAAGAGGCUUUGGAAGCAGCUAGAGGGGAGGCGAGGGGGGCCCAGCUCCGGGAAGAGCAGCUCCAGGCUGAGUGUGAGCGGCUCCAGGGAGAGCUGAAGCAGCUCCAGGAGAGCAGGGCUCAGGAUUUGGCUUCCAACCAAUCCGAGCGGGAUAUGGCAUGGGUAAAGAGAGUCGGAGAUGACCAGUAAGUCUCAUGGUUCCCUCACCUUCCUUUGACGCCUUGUCAGGGCACUCUCACAGCCCUGUGAUGUUAUUAUUGGUUAGGAGAAUUACCUCAAGAAGUCUUCAUUACCAUGGGUGAUAACACCUGCUCUUUAGGGUCUUAGAGAAUUACUUGAGGGGCAGUGAGGGAUUAAAUGAAUUGUCCAGGCUUGCACAGCUAGUAUGGGCCAGGGGCAGUUCUUUCUGACUCGAUUCAUAUAACUUUUUCUUCUUUAUCAUUAUCACCACCAUCAAUUAUAUAAUACUUUAAUAUAUUCCAGCCAAUUCGUAGGGUCUCAUUUAAUGCUAACAGUUCACUAUUAGAACUAAGUAUCAACGUUGUGUUAUCUAUAUUUUACAAUUGAGCAUACUGAGAGCCCCCCCAAAUGCAGACUUGCCACAGGCAGCUUUGAGUCAGAGAUGGAAUUCCAACUCAGAUCUCUCCCCUCUCCUAAAGUCUCAUGCUUUCCCCCCUGUGCCUCUCCAGACACAGGGUUAAAUUCUCCCCCACUCCCCCCACUGGCAAGAGCUCUAGGUUUUCUGAGGUGGUUCUUUCUCCCUGUGGUUUCUCUCUGGUGAGGUGGGAAGGAGGCAAAAGCGGGGGUGGAGUUCAGGGUUGAGGAAGUUCCCCUAAUUCUCUCCUGCCUAACGCCCGGGCUCCUCUGAGGAUGGGAUUGGGCCAUGUUUCCUUGGUGGGCUUCAGUUGCUUGCUACUGCCGCCGCGGAUGAGCUGUGGGUGCCACUGGGUGAGUUGUCUGGCCACUCUGGCCCUCCAUUUCUCAUAGGCACCAGGAUGAGACAGUCCAGCCCCUUCUUCCUUCCCUGGCAAGUACAGAGGGGUUGGGGCCAAGUGUGGUUGUUCUUAAGGUUCUCUUUUCUCUGCUUCUUUGAAGAAUUUCCCUUCUGGAUGGGGGUUGGGCAUUUAAAAAUUGGAAGCUCUCCAAAAAAGGCAGAAGCAAAUGGGGUAGGAUUUCAGUGGGGUACACUGAGAGCCCCCCAAAGUGAAGACUUGCCCAGUGACACACAGGUAGCUUUGAGUCAGAGUUGGAAUUCAGGUAGAUAAACCAGAGGGGUAGGUAGCACAGUGGGUAGAGCACUAAAACUGGAGUCAGGAGGUCCUGGGUUCAAAUCUGGCCUCAGACA